AUGCCGCCCCCGAGCCCCCCUGUCGUGCCCCCACCAGACGGCGAGUGGGGAUGGGUUGUGGUGGUUGCAUCCUUCAUCUCCAUAGGCUUCUCCUACGCCUUUCCCAAGGCCAUCACAGUCUUCUUCAAAGACAUCCAGAUCAUCUUCGAUGCCUCCUACAGUCAGAUCGCAUGGAUCUCCUCCAUCAUGCUCGCGGUCAUGUAUGCUGCAGGUCCCAUCAGCAGCAUACUGGUCAACAAGUACGGCUGCAGGCCCAUCGUCAUGAUGGGGGGCUGCCUCUGUUCCACCGGCAUGAUUUUAGCGUCCUUCUGCAACAAUGUGAUGCAGCUUUACUUCUGCAUAGGGGUUAUCGGUGGUCUUGGACUAGCAUUCAACCUGCAGCCAGCGCUGACUAUGAUUGGCAAAUACUUUUCGAAGAAGCGGCCCAUUGCUAACGGGCUGGCAAUGGCCGGCAGUCCGGUGUUCCUCUGCACCUUGGCUCCUCUCAACCAGUACCUCUUCAACCGGUUCGGCUGGAGAGGCAGCUUUCUCAUCCUGGGCGGCCUGCUGUUAAACUGCUGUGUGGCUGGUGCCCUCAUGAGGCCUCUGGGGCGGCCACCCAGCAUGGUCAAGAAGGAAGAAGAGUUGGCAGCCAUCACCACUACGACAAAGCAGAAGUGCAGCGUUUGGGAAACAAUCAACAAGUACCUAGACUUGACGCUCUUCAAACAUCGUGGCUUCCUCAUCUACCUGGUGGGCAAUGUAAUCAUGUUCCUGGGCUUCUUCGCACCUAUUGUCUUCCUUGCAGCCUACGCCAAGGACAUGGGUGUGGAUGAGUACUCUGCUGCCUUCCUGCUUUCGAUCCUGGCUUUUGUCGACAUGUUUGCCAGGCCAUCAAUGGGGCUACUGGCCAAUUCGCGUUGGGUUCGACCAAGGAUCCAGUACUUCUUCAGCUUUGCUGUGCUGUACAAUGGGGUGUGCCACAUCCUCUGCCCUUUUGUUGAAAGCUACAACGGCCUGGUAGUGUACGCAGUGUUCUUCGGCUUUGCCUUUGGCAUGGUCAGCUCAGUGCUGUUUGAAACACUGAUGGACCUUGUCGGGGCUCCGAGGUUCUCCAGUGCUGUGGGACUCACCACCAUCGUGGAGUGCUGCCCGGUCCUUCUUGGUCCACCUCUAGCAGGGAAGCUGGUAGACAUCACAAAAAGCUACAAGUACAUGUAUUUUUGCUGUGGAGCUGUGGUGAUUUUGGCUAGUAUUUGGCUCUUCAUUGGAAACUUCAUUAACUACAGGCUCUUGGACCGUGAGCGCAAACAUGCAGAGAUGUACAAGCGGACUGAAACGGAAGAUCCAGACAAAGAUCAGGAUCUUAAGGAGGCUGGUGGAGGAGCCCAGGCCUCUGAUGAGCUAGUCAAAAAAGAUGAGAAAGAUGAGGAAGCUAUGCAGCGGGAAACCAACAUCUAGAUCCGUCUGCUCUCCCAACCACUCCCCUCCAGCUCCAGCGCAACCUUGCAACACUUUCAACUACGAUCAAACUGAGCUCCAUGUCAAGAGGCGCCUCUUGGGGUCCUCAGCAUUUCUCUAAAACUAACUUCCAAAGCAACAACUGUGUUUUAGGAAGCUGAGGCGAGCAGCUGUUUGUCGAAGAGCUUCAGCUGUGACUUUAACAGAAAUAUUAACCAGGGAAAAAAAACGUGUAGGAUACUGUACGCCUGUGAAGAGGCUAAAAGUCAGAAGAUGAUUGUGAAAAACAGUAUAGAAAUCACUGUAUUUUCUUUUUUUCCUCUUCCACUUGAUUUUGGAUUGUCUGUAAAUACAAGACUGCAACUGAGGAACCAAUAUCUCCACCACAGAUUACCUGGUUGCAGUUAUAGACAGAAUAUGAGAUUAUCGUUUCUGGUGAACUGUGUCAGCUGAGAACAAACAGCAAAUUUGUGUUGAUAUUGGCAGAUAAUAAGAAAAACAGUCAGUCAAUCAACUCUGCUGUCAAGUGUUAUCUGCUGCAAUGUGGUCAUACAGGAUUUUAGGUCAGUUGCAACAAGUGAAAAUAUCCCAAGCUGUAGCAACAAGCGUCAUUCCGUUUUUCCUUCUUUGUCUUCCGAUAUGUGAAUGCAGUAUCAACGUGUUGCCAAUGUUCCAACAUCACCAGCAAACUGAAUGCACAUGUUGAGUAAAGAUCUCUGCACAACCCUCUGAAGUCCUGCUAAAUGAAAUAGGUUGAAUUAAAAAGAGAAUAGAAGAUUUGGUGUUUAACAAGACCUUUCUUUUGAAUGAAAGGUCACAGGGUCAAACUAAGUAGGAAGUGUUGGACAACACUGAUCCCUAACUGUACGUUAACACAACAACCCAACUUGGUUUAUCGGUUGCAUUUCAUUGUGGGGAACUUCCAGGCUCUGAUUGUCCCAACUUCACAGUCAGAUCAGAGGUGCUGAUUCGUCAUCGGAAAAUGACAAGAUGUAAUAAUUUCAGACAGUAAGCCAGCAAUAAUAAUGAAUGCAAUCUUUUUCCAACAUGCAACCUUUAAAAUACCUUUUCGAUAGUCUUUCCCAUAGACUAUUCAAAGGACACUGACACUUUAGGCUAUUCUUCCUGAAAUCGAAUCAAUAUGGAACAAAAGAGGAGCCAUGAGUUUCUUGGUUGCUCAGCUUUGUAGGAAGCAAAAACUCACUUUCUGAUUAUUUCGGUGCGCUUGAUCCGUGAUACGUGUCAGCAAGAACCAGAAUGUAACAACCCUAAUUGCAUUCUUUCAUAUGGCAGUUGGGCGUCCUAAAACCCUCACUUCCAUAAAUAAAGAGCAGAUGUGUUCACAGCUGGUGACGCUGGUGCACGCACAUUAUACUGCCCACCUGAGCACUGUUCUGUCGUGUUGUAAAACCUGCACCAAUGCCGACUUUAAUACGUUCGAUCAAGUCAUAAAAGGCUCCUUGUAAGUUGUCUAAUGCUCAAUAUUGCACUCAUUUGCCGUAUGCUGCACUGAAAGAAAAAAAAUGGCCAUACGACUCCCCAACCUUCUUCGUAAAACUGAUGCAACUCAAUACAUUUCAUCAUGGUUGAAUGUAAUUUCCUCUGUGGGCCUU